AUGCUGCAAGUCAAGAACGACUACUUUGGCUCGGAAUCGCCACUCAGUGGGCCCUCGAGCGCCGGAGCGAGUCCGUCCACCUCGUCCGUGCUGAGUCCAGGGUCGAGCUCGGUCACCACAUCGCAGCUCUCGCUGCUCGCAUUUGAGUCGCAACGAAACUCGCCCUCCACCUCGGCCUGCACCUCGGUCAGCGACCUCUCUUCCGAUGUGGACAAGCUCUCGCUCGCCAACGAUGCCAAGACGAGUCGCAUCGCCGAUCCAUCGGCUACAACAGCUGCUGCUUUGAAAGCAUCCAAUGGCGAGGAGCCUGAGUGCAGCACCGAGGACAGCGAGGCAGCGGCCAUCGAGGCCGAGAACCGCAGGGUCGAAGAGGAGCUCGAUUCGGCGCUCGCUUUCGGGACACAGAUCGUCCAGCGAGAGGCGCGGGCGCUUGCCAUGGCGGCCAGGCGGCUCUCGAGGCACAGCGUGCAGCAGGACGGCUUCCGGCAAGCUGUGCGGCUCGUCAUGCGUGCGACCACAGGCGAGCGGGGCGGCAAGGUGGUGCUCACCGGGGUGGGCAAGAGCGGGAUCAUCGCCAAGAAGCUUUCUGCGACGUUCCUCUCGCUCGGCACGCCGUCGAUGUUCUUGCACCCGACCGAGGCACUGCAUGGCGACCUGGGCCUGCUCACUCCGCAUCGCGACGUAGUAAUUGCUCUCUCGCAUUCCGGGUCGUCGCCAGAGAUCCUCGCGUUGGUUCCGCACCUCAACGCCCGCAGGUGUCCCAUAAUCGCGCUGGUCGGCAAGCGCGACAGUGCGUUGGUCAAGGCGUCGGAUGCAUGGAUCGACUGCGCGACGGGCAAGGACGAUCCCGAUUCGGAUUCUGAGGAGGAUGAAGAGGAUCUAAUCGAAGAGCAGUCAGAAGCAGUCUCGUCUGACUUCGCCAGCUCGACUGAUGGUGCCCUGGGCACUCGACGCAGCAUGAGCGAAAGCGCGGCCGCUGCUGCUUUUACCACUGCCGGCGCUCCCUCAGGCUCCGUGCUCAGCGCUCGUCGAGCCACCGUGCCCCAAAACGACUGCGAUUGCGGAAAGCAACGAACAACUGCGAGAAGGACACGCACCAAACCACCACGACCCACCACGGACGAAGCGUGGGACGACGUGCCCGCGCCCAGCAGCAGCACCACAGUCGCUCUGGCGAUGGGCGAUGCCCUGGCGUUUUCGGUGACUCGAGCAAAAGGGUUGGGCAGAGACAUGUUUGCCUUCAACCACCCUGGUGGCAAGCUAGGCGCCGAUUUCCGGCUGCAGGGCCAAUCGGCGCCGUUGCAGGGUUAUGACCCCAAGGCGACCGAGAGUGCGGUUGCUACGCCGAUUGCCGCUUGA